AUGUCUAUUGUCUCACUGCUAGGUAUAAAUGUUCUUAAUAACCCUGCAAAAUUCACAGAUCCCUAUGAAUUCGAAAUAACGUUUGAGUGUCUGGAGCCAUUGAAAAAAGAUCUCGAGUGGAAGCUUACAUAUGUCGGAUCGUCGCGAAGCUUGGAACACGAUCAAGAACUGGACUCUAUUUUGGUUGGUCCUGUCCCAGUCGGGGUGAAUAAGUUUCUAUUCACCGCUGAUCCACCGUCGCCAGAAUUGAUCCCAGCAAGCGAACUGGUAAGCGUCACAGUCAUCCUUUUGAGCUGUUCAUAUGAUGGUCGGGAAUUUGUGCGUGUUGGAUACUAUGUUAAUAAUGAGUACGAUAAUGAGGAGCUCAGAGAAAACCCGCCCGCGAAAGUGCAAGUUGAACAAGUGGUGAGGAAUAUAUUGGCGGAAAAGCCGAGGGUAACAAGGUUUAAUAUCAUUUGGGACAACGAGCAGGGUGACGAGUACCCACCCGAGCAGCCAGAGGUUGCGGUUGAAGAAGAAGAGGAAGAAGACGAAGAGGAGGACGAGGAGGAAGAAGAUGACGAGGAUGAUGUCGAAGAGGAGGAGGAUGGUGGUGCACAUGAUGAGGAUGGGGCGAGUACGAGUCUGGGCAAACAAGGGAGACUUACUGACGAAACGGAAACGAAGGGGCCUGACGGUAAAAAACGCAAAAUUGAAAACGCAGAAGAGGCCGAAGCGGAAGAAAUAGAUCUUGACGACGACGAAGACGACGAGGACGAUGAGGACGAGAUUGAGAUUAUCGAGGAAGAAGCAGAGACGGACGGUAAUCACGAGAAUGCUGAUCCUGCAGUGAAAGAGGCAACUGUGGAAACCGCCCCAACUCCUCAAGAUACCACCACCGCCACAGCUUCAGACCAAGAGUCCUGA